AUGGUUUCAUUUAACUUCGCUUUAAAAUCACGCACUAUUCCACAAUCACCUUGGAUUCGAUAUUGCAAGUGCUUGUAUUUGUCCUUUGUCAACUAUUGCGAACAAUUUCACGCCUUUUACACUAUUUUGUUAUCCUGUUUAUGCACUUGUAUUAUGACCAAUAAUCAAAAAUUUUGGUCAAUGCUUGAAAAAGAAGGCUCCUUAGAAGACUUUCAUCUUGUCUGUAACGUUUCCGUUUUAUCCACUGGGUUGAUCUGGUUAUACUUGUGGGUUGAAUCCAGUGACAAAGUUUUAGACGCAUACUAUACUAUCAUGGCUAUUUCUUUGGUUCAUUUUGGUGUUAUUUUAUUAAUACAAUUGAAGAAACCAUUGUCGAGAAGAUCAACUAGGUCUAUGGUUAGGUUGGUAUCCAAUCCUCGAUUCAGAAUAGAUGAGAAACCAAUCCUCACAUUUUUGAAGAAUGAUAAUACCGGCAUGUUUGUAUUUACAAGUGUCAUGGUUGAUUCGAAGAUCAGCUGGUGCAAGAUUGGUCUAUUAGCCUAUUAUGCUAUGUUGAACCUAAUAGAGACAUCGAGCCCCAAAUUAAGGAAACAUCCUUUCAUCACUGGGGCAAAUUUUGGACUGGGCAUUUUGGAAAGUGUGGUUCUUGUUAUAUUUUGGUAUGAAUCGUUCAAAUCACUCCAAAUCAACAAAGCGAUCUGCUAUACAUUGAUGUACUUGUUGAGACUCGAGGAGUCAGGACCAACAAACAGAUCGGUGAAGGGGUUAAUAUCAAUGACCAAGUUUUGCUACAGGAAAUUCAAUCGCAGUAAAGUUACCAACCAAGGACCUCAAACAGCUGAAAUUAGAUCCCUGUCUUUAGGGUUUGAUUGCUAUAGCAUCAUCAGUGACGUAAAAUGA